AUGAAUGGUGUAGACAUUGGUGUAGGAUUACACUCUAGAUUUAGUGCAACUGAAAUCAUUGACCACAUUUCUCAUGAAAUGAAAAAGCGAAUUACUCAACAGGUGAAAAGCAUUUCAGGUAAAAUUUCGAUUUUGAUCGAUGAAUCUACAAGCUUAAGUGAUAAAUCUACCUUGAUUGUUUAUUUAAAAUGUGAAACCAGCAAAGAUUUGCCACCAAAUGUCUUAUUCUUAGACCUAAUUGAAUUGCCUAACCAAACUGCUGAUUCUAUUUUUGAGGCACUUUUAGGUUGUUUGAAAAAAUAUGGGUUUGAUUUUGAGUACCUAAAAGAGAAUUUAGUUGCAUUUGCCUGUGAUGGCGCUAGUGUCAUGUUAGGUAAAAAAUCUGGCGUCGUAGAAAAGCUACUACAACAGUUUCCCAACAUUGUUCCUUGGCAUUGCAUGAACCAUAGGAUAGAGUUAGCUGUGAGUGACUCUAUCAAUGACGUUGGGGCUAUUAACCAUUUUCAAAUGUUUAUGGACAAACUGUACACUCUGUAUAGUAAAUCGCCUAAAAACCAAAGAGAACUAGCCGAGUGUGCUAGUGAGCUUGAUUUGCAACUACAGAAAGUUGGUCGCAUUUUGGGCACGAGAUGGGUUUCCAGUUCAUUUAAAACUGUUAUGGCCGUUUGGUAUGGAUAUCAAGCAUUGUACUCCCAUUUUAAGAAGGCCCAAGAAGACAAGAACAGAACAACAACCGAACGAGCAAUGUACGGUGGGUUGAUUAGGCGCUUGACAUCAACUCAGUUUCUGUCAGAUUUGGCGAUAAUGUAUGACAUAUUAGCUGAAUUAACAAUGGUUUCAGAAUGUCUUCAAAAUAGGGAGGCAACUGUUGUUUAUGCAGACAAACUCAUAAGAAGGUUAAUUGCUUUUUUCGAGUGCCUUAAAGAAAAACCUGGAACUAAGACCCUUGAGGCCAAGAGAGCUGCAAUCACUGGUAAUUUUUGGCAUGUUCCCUUAACAAGUAGCAACAAAAUAACUGCUAUUAAUGACCAGCAGUUGCUAUCAAGUGUUAUCAACAACCUAAAACGGAGACUUUUCACAACAAGAAGCAGUAACGAACCAUCUAAUAAAGCCACAGGGAACAAUUAUGAUUAUGAAAAAGAGUAUGAAUAUCUCCUUUCAGAACUGAAAGUACUUGAAAGUAACAACUGGCCUCCAGAGAAAUAUGUUGGACACGGUGAACAAGAAAUCGAACAUCUCUGUGCAAGAUUUAGGUUGAAUGCCAACAAAAUUAAGAACAGCUUCAGAGAUUACCUGGAAAACAGCACUACGAUUCCGAAGGACUUAAACCCACUGAUAAACUGCACAAAGCUUAUUCCUUGCAGUUCAGCAGAGUGUGAACGUGGCUUCAGUCACAUGAAUAUUAUUAUAUCGCCAACACGGUCAAAACUGACCAUCGAGCACGUAUCAGCAUUGAUGUUUAUCAAGUUGAAUGGACCAAGUAUCCAGACAUGGAAACCAGAGAAUUACGUCAAGGCAUGGUUAAGACGACACCGUACAGCUGAUGAUACUAGAACUCGACGAGCCAACCUCCAACCUGACAAAGAGGAAGAAGAUGCAUUUGCCAUUUAUUUGUAA